GUAAUAGGUGGAGCUUAGUAAAAAAUAUGGCGGGUCACACCUCUCAAGAGAAAGAAGCACUCCGUAGUGUCGUCCUAUCUUCGUUCUCUACGAUACUCAGCGGGGACCAGCAGGAGAGGAAGAAUGCAGAAGAGGAGCUGAGAGCAUUGGAAGUGACUGAAGGUUUUGGGCUAGUCCUCGUAGAGAUCACCUUGAUGACUGACGGCCCCAUUGCCUGUAGACAACUUGCUUCAGUUAUUUUAAAGCAGUACGUCAAGAGUCACUGGUCUGAGGAGAGUGGAGAGUACAGUGUUCCUCCUAGCGAAGAUGCCAAGUCUGUCAUUAGAGAGCUGCUAUUAAGAGGAUUGGCUGAUCCUUUAAGUAAAAUACGUGCAACUGUGGCUUAUGCUGUCUCUGCGAUUGCUCAGCACGACUGGCCAGAAAACUGGCCUAACUUGUUUGACCAGUUGAUGGUUGGCGUGGGGUCUGGGUCCCCUGAUUUAGUUCACGGGACGAUGAGGGUUUUGACCGAAUUUUGUCAAGAGAUCACGGAUACUCAGGUACCUCACGUCUGCCCCGUUAUAUUGCCUCAACUUCUGAGAGUCAUCGGAUCUCCUCAAGUUUACAGUAUUCGUACCAGAAGCAGGGCCAUUAGUAUAUUUAGAACUUUAUCUCAACUCAUCUAUGCAAUGUCUGCUCACCUACCAGAAGCUCCUCUGAGUUUAUUAUUUCCGGUCCUCCCAUCAUAUAUUGAACAGUUUGUCCAACUACUCAAUAGUAAUGAUGAGUUCAGCAGUGAUCCUGGCCUCCGUAAAGAGAUCAUUACAUCACUCAGCAAGCUAUUGGAAUGGUUUCCUUCUCUGCUGAGACCUCACCAGAUGACCAUUGUCACACCUAUAUGGAAUGUCCUCAUCUCCAGCUCGGAACUUUAUAAUACAAAUGUUGUCAAGUGUUCAGACGGAUCCAUUGAUGUGUAUGAUAGUGAUGGAGAAAUUAUUAACUUUGACUCUGUCUUGUUUGCCAUUUUUCGAUUCAUUGCUAUACUAUUGGAAUGCGGUCGUCAUCCACAAUUAUUUCUUCCUAUUAUUCACAAGUUGGUCGAUCUCCUCACAUCACUCAUGCAGAUUACAUCAGAGCAGGUAAUACUCUGGGAAAAUGACGUGUCACGUUAUUUAGAAGAUGAUGACAACGAAUUGGCUUUUUCUGUUAGAUUAGGCGCUUUUGAACUUCUGCAGCAAUUAUCUGAGGAUACUAACCUGAGAAGUUCAGUAUGUGAGGCCAUUAACAAUACCAUUGAGAGGAAUUUAACUCAAGACUCCAGUGGGGAUUGGUGGAAGAUUCGUGAGGCAUGCUUGUGGAUAGUAGGCUCCAUUAUAAUUGAUGGUAAAAAGCAGUCAGUGGGUUUCAACGGAGAAGUUUUUGUCGAUAAUGUUCUCAUACCAAAUUUAAUGUCAUCUGUUUCACCAUUCCUCACUGGUAGAUGCUUAUGGCUUGCUGGAAAGAUGUGCGAUCAGCUCAACUCGGAAACUUUAAACAAAUGCUUACAAGCAACUGUGUCCGGCCUUCAGCCAUCACAGAACGGCAUUGUUAGAAUAAUGGCAGCAAAAUCCUGUUACUCUUAUUGUAUGCUAUUAAAGGAGUCAGAUAGACACUCUGUUGUUGUUCCCUAUCUCUCCUAUUUCAUUAAUGACAUAUGCACCAUUUCAUCAGAGUCUCAUGAAGACCAUCUAUUCAUUGCAUUGGACUCACUCCAGAAAGUCUGCCAGUUUGAUGAUAGGGUCACUGCUGUUCAUGCUGAAAAGCUAGUUCCUCUAAGCCUGUCGUUAUUCUUAAAAUUCUCUCAUGACCCCAUGACUAGCUCUUGCUUGGAGGAGCUCUUUGCAUGCUUAGCUGCUAAUGUUGGCUGUCAUGCUUUGCUUCACAGUAGGAUUGUACCAGUUGCCAUUGAGCUUCUAUCGGCCACUGAGUCCCAAGUACCUUUGGGAAUGAUUUCGGCUGUGCUAGAUAUACUGGUGGUGGUCAUUAGAGGGUGUGUGCCACCUCUCCCUCCUCCUUUCCUAGAUGAACUGUUCAAGGUUGUUGUAAGGAAGAUUUUAGUAUCUGAAGACUCUGCCAUACUCCAGAGUGGUGGAGAAUGUGUUAGAGCAUAUUUAUCAGUUGCUUCAGAUCAGCUUAUCACAUGGGUUGAUGAGUCAGGGCAGUCAGGAUUACAUUAUGCAGCUCAAGUCGUCAUUCAUUUACUUGAUCCUGCUAGACCAGAAUAUUCUGCGGCAUUCAUUGACAAACUGAUCAUUGUCUUUAUCAAGAAAGUUGGUGCAGCAUUAGGGAGUUAUCUUGAGCUAGUCCUCCGAUCUGUGCUAAGUAAAAUGCAGCAAGCACAGGCUGAGAGUGUGAUGCAGUCUUUGUUGAUUGUGUUUGCUCACUUAGCCUCCAGUCAGCAGCUGGAAGGGCUCCUAACUUUCCUGUCUCAAGUCCCAGACCCUUCUGGUAGACCAGCACUAGAAUAUGUCAUCACUGAGUGGUGCGCGAGACACUCGUGUUUCUUUGGUAGCUAUGAGCAGAGGCUUAGCACCAUUGCGUUGUGUCAGCUGCUCUCUCACUGUAUUAAUACUGGGGACCAGAGACUCAACAGUAUUGCCGUGGUAGAGGAAGAGAUACCUUUGACUAGUGAUGGUAUUGUAACUCGUAGCAAGAAAGUGUCGGCCGGUCAAUCGUGGACAAGAGUUCCUUUACCUGCUAAGCUACUCAAAGUUCUUAUUGGCGAACUCCAGUCUCAAAUUGAAGGCUCAGAGGAAGAAGAUAAUGGAGAUGAUGAGGACCCUUGGUCUGGUGGGGGAGGGAGGGAGGAGGGAGAGGAUGAUGAAGGUGGAGAUGAUAUGAUCAAUGAUCUUGAGGUUUUGCUUGGUGAUGUGGGUACCAUUGGGCUAGAGGAGGAGGAAGAGGAUGAUGAUCCUGAUCUCAAAGAUGAGGAACUCUUAAAAAUUGACUUACAUUCUCAUUUAGUGCACUAUCUCACUGAACUCUCAUAUCAACCAUGCUUCCCUUCACUACUGCAUCACCUCUCCCCUUAUGAGAAGCAAACACUUGGAGCUGUUGGUGCUAUCACCUCUGUAUCAAAUUAAAUUAUUAUUGAACCAAAAUGAAAAAUGAAAAAUUAUUGAUUAU